AUAUUAAUCCUUUUAGAGUAGAAACGUUAACUGAGUUGCCUGCUUCGGAAGAAAGUCAAUUGUGGUCAAUAUAUUGUAAAAUCGAGUUCAAGAAAGAUGGCGCGAAGUCAAAUGUCAAAAUAUUGUCAAAUCACUUUCAUCUUUUCUUACGUGACUUUUCUUGAGUUUAUUGAAGAACACAAAAUAAGAAAAACAAUGGUACAAGAAAAACGAUAUGGUGUUGAUAGUAGAUUGCUUGACGAAUUAGAAAUUAUACAGUUAAAGAGAAGGAAAAGAUCAAUGUUUCAACAAUUGGCCUUUGUUUCUUUCAAUAAUGGUGGAGAAAGUGAAUUAAUGGUCACGGCUACCCACAAGCGACUUACAAUUGAUGUCAUACAGAAUUGUCGCCCGCCGGUGCAGGAGAUUGAUAAAAUUGAUGACACAACUGUGGAAAUAGUGAUGAGCGUUGUUAUGUUUAUAAGAAUAAGAUUCAGAAGUGCUGCUAGUUUAGCCGCCUUUAUGAGAGCGCUCGGAGAUCUAGCUGAAAAUGAUUCAUCAUCCUCAAGCACGAGUGAAGAAUCCAAUGCGUCUGUUUCGACAGAGGGGUUACAAACAUCAAUUUCAACCACAGACGAAACUAUGCUCAUGUUCCUGGGUGAAAUUUAAGGUUGUUAAUGUAUUAUAUUGGGUUUUACAACACUCAUUACAUCAUUACAUGAUAAAUACGUUUACAUACAUGUGUACGGCCAUCGUCGGGUAACCGCCAUUGCUCCAGGCUGCCAACUUUUGCAUAACACAUUUCACUAUGUGACACGCCCCCUUUUAACAAAAGAAUAAAACAAA